AUGGAAGGUGCUGUUGGUGGAUCUGACUACACAUUGACCCCCUGCGUCACUUGCGGAUCUGCUUCUACUAAAAAUGAAGGCAUGGUUUGCUGUAACGGAUGUGAUGGCUGGUUCCAUUACCGGUGCGUAGGGGUAACGGAAUCAAUCAAAAAGCAGAAGAAAUGGUUCUGCCCUGCUGAGUUGUGUCAGCAGAUGUUUUCGAAAUAUUUGAAGAAACAAGAAUCCGCCGCUGCUGCUCGAAAAGUCGCAGUAGCAAAGAAAACAGAAGCAUCUGAAAGACUCAGUGCCAAAUCUGACCGGCAUUCAAGUUCCUCUGAUGAAACAAAACGCAAAGUGGACUUUAAUGAACAGGAAACCAGAAUGAACAAGUUGGAAUCUGAUCGUCUAUUGGAAAUGGAACGCCAAGACUUUGAAAUCAAGCUGAAGGAACGGCAGUUUGCCAUUGAACGAGAGCUCAGGGCGCGUGAAAGGGAACUGGAACAAAAAAUGCUGGAAAGAGUCCUCGAAGAAAAAAAGGCUGAUGUUAACCGUUUAAAGAACAUGCGCAGCACUUAUCAGGAACAGAUGGAUGAACUAGACAAAGAGUUGGCGGAAUUGACUGUGAAUGCAAAGGGUGCCUUUCCCUCUAGUUCACAUUGCAAAAAAACCUCAACACCUCUACUCAAAGGCAAUAUUCAACCUGCUAGAACAACGACCUUUUCAAGUAAGCUCAGCAAGCACUCGAAUACAAAAAUGGAUGAAAUGCACAAUGAUGACUCUAGCGAAAAUACCACAGAUGACACAUCUACAGUGUCUGAUUCGGAUUCAGAAUUCGAAAGCAUUCCAGACAAUCACAGCUUGGUAUCUACAAUCAAACCAACUAAAGCACAACUGGCUAAUCGAAAUGGAUUUACCCGUAAGUUUCCACAGUUCUCUGGUAAACCUGAAGAAUGGCCGCUGUUCAUCAGUUGCUUCACGUCAUCUACUGAAGCCUGCGGAUACAAUCAUGUGGAAAACCUGGUCCGUCUGCAGGAAAGCCUGAACGGCCAAGCUUUGGAAAACGUUCGAGGUCAUCUUUUGUUUCCAAAAUUAGUUCCCAAAGUGAUCAAAAAGCUCCGUCAGUUAUAUGGAAGACCUGAAGUGUUGCUGCAACACUAUAUAGAAAAAGUGCAAAAAUUGCAAAACCCGAGAGCAGACAAACUUGCCACGUACAUUCCGUUCGGAAAUGCUGUUGAACAACUCUGCGAGCAUAUCGAAGCAGCAGGAUUGUCUUCACACUUAAUAAAUCCGAUGCUCAUACAGAAUCUUGUCGAUAAACUUCCCGCUAACGACAAGAGGGAAUGGGUCCGCUACAAGAGACGAAAGACAUCCGUAACUCUCCGUACGUUAUCCAAAUUCCUUUCGACCAUUGUUACUGAAGCCUGUGAAGCAAAUGCCGACGUUGAAUCGUCAGAAAACAGAUUAUUCUUAAAAUCCAAAGGUGUAGAAAGAGGAGCCCUGUACAGCCACAGCUGUGAAGCUAACACCAAUCACUCACAAAAACCUUGCAAGGUCUGCGGCCGUACAGAUCAUCGAUUGCGCUUUUGUGAUGAUUUUAGCAGAUUAUCGAUAGCACAACGUUUCGAAAUAGCGGACAAAUGGAAACUGUGCCAUGUCUGCCUCAACGAUCACGGCAAACUACCAUGUAGGUUCAAUAAAAUACGUUGCAAUGUGGGAGAAUGCCGUGAGCGACACCAUCCGUUACUUCAUCCGUCAAACGAAACUGUAGUGGUCAACACUCACUUUCCAAAGAGUUCAACUCAAAUUAUGUUCCGCAUGAUUCCAGUAGUCUUGACGUUCGGUUGUCGGACCGUUCGCACGAUUGCUUUCAUCGAUGAAGGAGCAUCGGUUACUCUUCUAGAGAAAUCUUUGGCCAAAAAAUUGUCUCUAAAAGGUGAGAAAGAACAGCUCACAAUAAACUGGACCUCGAAUGUUUCACGGAUCGAAAAAAAUUCCCUUAGAGCCAAUAUCGAAAUCUCAUCUGCUUCGGGUGACCAGCUGUGGUUGCUACAAAAUGUUCGCACCGUAAAAAAACUGCUGUUACCGAAACAAACGCUUGAUUUCAAUAAACUCGUCGAGCAGUAUACUUACCUGAAUGGAUUGCCAGUUCAACCUUACGAGGAGGCAAGGCCUGGAAUCCUCAUCGGUCUCAAUAAUAUUGACGUGAUAGCCCCGCAGGAAACCAUAAGUGGAAGGAUUGGUGAUCCGAUUGCGGCUCGGUCCAAGCUAGGGUGGACUGUAUAUGGGCCUAUAAACAGAGAGUCCUCAGGGGAAGUAAGUGGAUAUGUUAACGUCCACAUGAAGACCACGAAUGAAGAACUCUAUGACCUUUUGAAAGUUCAAUACGCCUUGGAAGAACCUGUGGGAACAGUCCAGCAAUAUUCCAACGAGGAUAAAAGAGCACUCCAUAUUCUAGAAGCAACCACAAUCCGAAUUGGUGACCGCUUUGAAACCGGACUGUUGUGGAAUACGGAUGAACCACAUUUUCCGGACAGUUAUGCUAUGGCUUUAAGACGCUGGAAGCAAUUAGAGAACCAAUACGUGCAAAAAGGAUACGCUCACACAAUAACGUCCGACGAAUUAUCCACGGAACCCCACAAGACUUGGUAUUUGCCGCUUAACGUGGUGCUCCAUCCCAAGAAGCCAAAUAAAGUACGUCUGGUGUGGGAUGCAGCAGCCACGGUUAAGGGAAAGUCUUUGAACUCGCAGUUAUUGAAGGGUCCGGACAUGUUAGUGUCACUCCCGGCGGUGAUAAGCAAAUUUCGUGAGCUUAGGGUGGCAUUUGGUGGUGACAUCCGAGAGAUGUACCACCAGAUUCGCAUAAGGGGCCAGGACAAACAAGCACAAAGGUUUCUGUUUCGAAACAAUCCUUCUGAACCUAUACAAACCUUUGUGAUGGACGUAGCUACUUUUGGAGCGACCUGUUCUCCGUGCUCUGCCCAACACAUUAAGAAUCACAAUGCCCGAGAGUUCGCGGAUCGGUACCCCGAGGCAUCCGCAGCUGUAAUUUACAACCACUACGUGGAUGAUUAUUUUGACAGCACUAACACGGUAGAGCAAGCUGUUCAGAGAGCCACAGAAGUCAAGUACAUCCACAGUAAAGGAGGGUUCGAGAUCCGCAACUGGGUCUCAAACUCAGACGAAUUUCUAAAAAAAAUGGGAGCCGCAAAAAGUGUGCAGUCGAUUCAUUUCAACCACGACAAGCAGACCGAAAGCGACAGAGUGUUGGGCAUAAAAUGGGAUCCCCGUGAAGAUGUCUUCUCAUUCUCUACCGCCCACCGAGAAGAAAUGAGUAAAUAUUUUACCGGAGAUGAAAGGCCAACGAAACGUAUUGUGCUCAGCUGUGUUAUGGGAUUCUUCGACCCGCUGGGUUUACUUACCCCGUUCACAGUGCAUGGAAAGUUGCUAGUCCAGGACUUAUGGCGAAGUGGCUGUGGAUGGGACGAAAAAAUUGACGAUGAAGCCUGUACGAAAUGGAAGCGCUGGAUUGGUCUUCUUUCUCAGGUCGAAGAAACGCGUAUCAGUCGUUGCUAUUUGGGUAAUUUGCAUCACGACGAAGUUACAUCCAUAGAAAUUCACACAUUCACGGAUGCUAGUGAACAUGCAUUUGGAUGUGCAGUAUAUUUUCGGAUUAGUUGGGCUGGAGGAGUUAAUUGUACGCUGGUGAUGUCGCGCAACAAAGUCGCACCAUUGAAACGAGUUUCAAUCCCACGUUUGGAGCUUAUGGGUGCUCUUUUAGGUGCGAAGCUCGUGAAUGUUGUCAGGCAAAAUCAUAGUUUGAAGUAG